CAGAUAUACAAGAGAUACAAAAUGAUAAGUCAAAUAGUAACUUUAAUAUUGUUGAACAACUUCAAGGGCCAGAUUGCAUUAAAAUUGCUAAAAAAGAAAUUCAAAUUGCUCUUAAUGCUAAUAUGAUGAAUGAAUUUAUUACUAUAAUUUAUAGCUUUAUUGAAUCAAAAUCAAUUCAAGCUAAUAAUUCAUUAGAAUUGAAUAAUAUUAAAUCAGUAACAAAUUCUCAUAUUAUUGCACAUCAAGGUCGAUCAAAGAAACAAACACAAAACUCUUUAAAUAAUGUUGAUCAAUUGGAUUUUCAAAAAAUUUACAAUAAAGUACUUUAUAAAUCUGAUAUUACAAACAAGCUUCUGUAA